UUCCUUUGUAGAAACGGCUUCACAGCCCGGGAAAAAAAGUAGAGUAGCUCAAUAUGGCGAUAACAUUUUGCUGAGGUUUUAGCCUUUUCUCUCUCUGCGAAAAAAGGGUUUUAGGGUUUUUCUCUCUCCACUAUCUUCCUAUUCCUCCUCAUUUUAUUCUCUCUCUCUCUCUAAAAUCCAAACCCAUGGAUAGAUACCAGAAAGUCGAGAAACCGAAGCCCGUAUUAGCAAGAAACGAGAAUGAGAUCAGAAUCACCGCACAAGGUUUGGUCAGGAACUAUGUUAGCUAUGCAACUAGUCUUCUUCAGGAGAACCGUGGGAAAGAGAUUGUCUUGAAAGCAAUGGGACAGGCAAUAAACAAGACAGUAGCCAUUGCAGAGAUUAUAAAGAGGAGACUCCCCCGGUUGCAUCAAGAUACAGCCAUCAGUUCAGUUAGCAUAACUGAUGUGUGGGAACCCAUUGAAGAGGGUCUUUUGCCUGUGGAGAUGACUCGCCAUGUCUCAGCGAUUUCAAUUACCUUGUCAACUAAAGAGCUAAGCCAGAAUUCUCCAGGGUAUCAAGCUCCAGCUUUUGUGGAGCAAACAAAGCCACAGAAUGAUUAUCAGCAUCAACAACCUAGACAAGCACAUGCACCUAAUAAUGCUGCUAAUGAAGAUUCGUAUGGGAGAGGACGAGGCCGUGGUAGAGGGAGAGGUUGGGGUUCGAGUAGAGGUGGAUAUAGAAACUAUCAAGACAAUGUUCAGAGUAGGGGUGGUUAUGGAAACUAUCAAGGUACAAGUUACAAUAUUCAGAGUAGGGGUGGUUAUGGAAACUAUCAAGGUACAAGUUACGAUGUUCGGAAUAGUGGAGGUUAUGGAAACUACCAUGAAAAUGCUCGGAGUAUGGGUGGAUAUGGAAGCUAUCAAGAAAAUGGUCCGUAUUCAAAUUGGGGCCGAGGUGGCACUCGUGGCAGAGGUUGGGGCUAUCGUGGUGCAAGAUACGAAAGAGGCAGAGGUGGAGAGGCCAGAGAUUACGGAGGCGAGCCUGGUGCAAGAUACGAAAGAGGCAGAGGUGGAGAGGCCAGAGAUUACGGACGCGAGCCUGGUGCUAGAUACGAAAGAGGCAGAGGUGGAGAGGCCAGGGAUUAUGGACGUGAGCCUGGUGGUGGAUAUGAAAGAGGCAGAGGUGGAGAGCCCAGAGAUUAUGGACGCGAGUUUGGCGCAAGAUAUGAAAGAGGCAGAGGUGGAGAGGCCAGAGAUUACGGACGCGAGCGUGGACGUGGGCGUGGCCGCGGACGGAUGGGCAACCAGCCAAGGGGUGGCGGCGACCAGGCAUAACUGGAGGUCGAUGUGCUUUUUUGCUUUUAGCUAAACGAUUGCGUUAUCCCAGCAGUUAUUAUGUGCAUAGUCUGAUUUCAAAGUGUGAAAAUUGUUGGCUUUUGUUAUCUUUUGGUCGUGAAAUAGUUUUUGUUUUUCUCAUCAUGGAAUCAAUGGCAAGCUAGUCAAUUCUGUUGCUCUUACUUGGCCAACUGUAGAAGCCAAUUUCUGAAUGUUCUAUUUUAUUGAAUAUUUCAUUGCAGCGUUCCAUGACCAA